UUCCGUACUCUUGAGGUUUCUGCGCGGCCCUCCGGACAUCCUUCCCGGACCCCCACUCCCUUCCUGACCCUACCCCAGUCCCACGUCCAACUGCCACCCUUGGAGUUUGCUUGCUAGUCCCUGUUUCCUAAGGACUAUGCUCGCAGCAGCUUCUAGAAAUUAAGAACAGAUUUCUGUGUCCCGCUCCUUUUAGAAAAACGUCAUAAGGGGCUCUGUUGCACCACAAACGCCUACUAGCAAUCGUCUCCCCGCCUAGUAAACAAUAGGACGCUCCAGAACCUAGGAACACCGGAGGCCCAAGACGCUCUUUUCUCAAGGCCUCCGCUUCUACCUAGCAACAGACGUGCCGACUCCGCCAUUCGGCUCUCGCAUUAGCCAACUUGAAUAGUUAUAUGCAGUUCUGAUUGGCUGGCUGUAACCGUCCGGGAUUUUUCCAAUUGGCUGAGGUGCCCGGGGACUUUUUCGGCUUGACGCGUCGGGAAGGUUGGAGAGGAGGAGCCACUUCUGCGGAGCUACUUUCCCGGGACCGGUUUGGAUUGGACGCCGUGAUGCAAGGAGUGCGACCCUUUAGCUGCUAAACUGUCGGGAAAACGGGUCCUUUUGUCUCCGUGCUCUCUCCGUACGCCAAGUUCAGUAGACUUCCGGGCUGCGGCGGGUGGGCAGGACUUGGACUUGCAACUAAGUUGCUGCGGAGUCGCCAUCUGUGGGUUAGGCGCCCAGACCUCAUUCUUAGCCGUCCCCUGCCUCGUUCCGCAUGCUUGUUGAAGAAGUGCAAAGGAAGGGCAAGCAAGGAGGCAAGCUCUCUGGAUUGUUUUUAAGAUCUCGUCCCGCCUACUUCCUUGCACUUCCAGGUCGGGGGAGGGUGUGUCCAAAAACCCCCAACCAAACCCACCACCUUCGAGUGGAUUCCCAUUCGGGGACGACGUGACCGGCCGAGUACGGUAGAAUUGUCCCAGUGGGUUUCCAAGGGUGCAGGUCUACGUCGUUCUCCGGCAGAACGACAGGUGGGUUCGAACCGCUGACCUUUUGAUUAGCAACCAAGAGCUUAAACCACGGCACCACCAGGGCUGCUAGUCCAAAAACGAAUUUAAAAAGGAGGGAGCAAAGUCCGCGGCGUCCUUCGCCCGCUGCAAUUCCUUAGGGCCUUUCAGGGAUCACUGCACCCGGAAUCUCCCUUUUAUCCAUCAUUUAAUCUUUAGCUUUUCCCUCUCCACAAGCCUUUCCUAAUUAGUUUCUGCAUUUCUGGAGGCAGGAAAAAGACCACAGGGAGAAGAAGGUAGACCCUCCCGGAGAAGGGCAAUUUCCCGCUUUCUGAGUCGGCUACCAAAAUCGGUUCUUUGGCGCCCAUCGUCUGGAGCGCCACUUGGCUCUUGUGACGCCUCGAUUCUGUAGGAGGACUUAUGGAGAAGCGCCUGCAGGAGGCUCAGCUGUACAAGGAGGAAGGGAACCAGCGCUACCGCGAAGGGAAGUACCGCGAUGCCGUGAGCAGGUACCAUCGAGCUCUGCUGCAGCUCCGGGGGCUGGACCCAAGCCUGCCCUCCCCAAUACCUAACCUAGGACCCCAGGGCCCGGCCCUCACACCCGAACAAGAAAAUAUUCUGCAUAGCACCCAGACAGACUGCUACAACAAUCUAGCCGCAUGCCUUCUUCAGAUGGAGCCUGUGAACUACGAACGAGUAAAGGAAUAUAGUCAGAAAGUUCUCGAACGACAACCUGAUAAUGCCAAGGCCUUGUACCGGGCUGGAGUGGCCUUCUUCCAUCUGCAGGACUAUGACCAGGCUCGGCACUACCUCGUGGCUGCCGUCAACAGGCAGCCGAAAGAUGCCAAUGUGCGGCGGUACCUCCAGAUGACACAGUCGGAGCUCAGCAGCUACCGUCAGAAAGAGCAGCAGCUUUACCUGGGCAUGUUUGGCUAACAGGGAAGAUGCCCCUGCACGUGCACAUGGGUGGACUGUUAAAGACCCAUCGGGGGAGGACCCGAGCCUCAGCAGGAGACAGACACCCCAUACCUCUGGCCCACGUGGCUCACUUUUGCCCCCAGUUCUUCACAAACUCUCUCAUCUUUACACAGGCCUGUUCCUUUUGUGUCUCCAGCUUUGUACAGCUUUCAAUACAUGUUGUACUGGAGCGUUUUCACCUUGGGGAAGAAACAUUUUCACCAGAACGUUCCCUGGGGGAAUGUUUUCAUUAGAACCUUGACCAGAAAACAUUCAGCAGCCCUGUCAUCCAUGAGGGACGUAGCCCUAUCAGUGGCCUAGGUUUUGUUGAUAGAUCUCUUGACAUCUGUUUAUAUGCCGAGAGGAGCAAAGCGGGCGGAGGCGAGAAUAGCCACGAUCGGUGGAAAGCAGUGUCUUGCUUCGUUUCCCGAGAUGCCCAGAGCCAGAGUGAUACGGGCCACAGACCUCGGGCUCUAUUUUUUGGUGAUGCUAAAAUACAUCGGGCCCAAGUCUAUGAAAAUACAAUCCCUGGCUAUCCCUUACCCACCUUUGGUUACAUUAUACUUGCUGAUCCUCCUUGAUAGUCACACACAUUGCGCUUCGCUUAUCCUGCAAAGUGUGUGCCCCGUUGUUUCUCUCGGGACUUUCGUCUCUCAGAUCAUAAAUAAGCCUAUUUAUUUUUCCAUUAAACGAUUCUAUCUCAAGCA